CACAAAUCACAAUCCGCUGGCCACUAGUAGCGCUGGAUAUUUGUUUUGGGUUAUGAAUUCAUAGUAAAUUUUAAAAUUUGUGACUUGUAACUUGUCUUAAAACUUAUUAUUUGUUUCAAUAAAUCAUAAUGCCGCCACCAGAUUUAUUAUCAAGUCAAGGUUUGCGUCUAGACGGUCGGAGACCUAACGAAUUACGUAGAAUAAGAUGUAAACUAGGAGUUUUUACUCAGCCUGAUGGAAGUGCAUAUUUAGAACAGGGAAAUACGAAGGUUUUAGCUGCUGUUUAUGGUCCUCAUCAGGCUGCAAAAUCCAAGAGUUCUGUAGAAGGAGUUGUUGUCAAUUGCCAGUACAGUAUGGCAACAUUUUCAACUGGUGAAAGAAAAAAUAGACCACGAGGUGAUCGCAAGUCACAGGAAAUGUCACUUCAUCUAAGGCAAGCAUUAACAGCUGCCAUCAAGACAGAACUGUAUCCUCGUUCUCAGAUCGACAUUUACAUAGAAGUUUUACAGGCAGACGGCGGUGCGUACUGCGCGAGCGUGAAUGCGGCGACGCUGGCGCUUGUGGACGCAGGCGUGCCGCUGCGCGCUUACGCUUGUGCGUGCAGCGCGUCCAUGGCGUGGCGCGGGGCUCAGCCCGAGCCGUUGUUGGACGUGGGCCACGUGGAGGAGGCGGCGGGUGGCGUCGUGCUUACCGUGGCCAGCCUGCCCAGUACCGGAAGUAUUGCUCUAUUGGAAUUGUCCCACAGACUACACAGUGAUUAUUUCGAAAUGGUCUUAAGUAGAGCAAUGCAAGGCUGUAAAGAUAUAGAGAUUGUUCUAGAUAAGGCAGUGAGAGAACAUUUAGCAGAAGGGUGGACGAAACAAGAUGUUGUAACAAUAUGAAAUAUACGAAUUCUUCAUACA